UAAAAAAUAGAAGGACUGCAUGUUGAUGAAUUACAAAAGCUUUGGCUGUUUGUUUUGAACAUUUAUGGAUUUGACUUCAGACUGCUUAAAACAAAAAAAUUAAAUCUUCAUCCAACUGUUGAGAGAAAAAACAAAAAAAAGUAGAAUCGAAGAUCAUGACAUGAAACUGAUGACAUGACCAAACAGGAACAACCAGCAGUGCCAGCAAUCUGAGGGUUCCUCCAAAACACAGAGAUGACGUUGCUCUACUCAGCGAUUCUCUGCCUCUUUUUUAAAACCAGGAUCUGCCAGCUACAGUGUGUCAAAGCAGAAACUCCUAAUGACUCUGAGUUCUCAAUCAAUGUGACCACACACAUUAAAGGCAAAUCCGGUGACUGUAUUUUAAUCCCAUAUGAGCUGACCUUUCCAAAAAACAAAGUUACAGUUCCAUAUAGAAAGAUUUGGUUCAGAGGAGAUCCACAGAAUACAGAAAGUAUCGAAAUUGUUGACAAAGUAGAAUCUGGGACUAAAGACACUUUCAGGACAAAAGGCCUACCACGUGGAGAAUAUAAGUAUGGCUUCAAACUGGAAUGGGAAUGUAAUCAGACGUUUGUUUUUACAAAGAGAGUUCAUAUCUCAGUCUCUGCUGUACCCAAAAGACCAAUUGUAAGGGCUUCUCCCAUGGAGGAGGGACAACGUGCCAUACUACGUUGUAUCGCUCGUCCCUUAUGUUUUAACAAAGCAACUAUCCACUGGAAAAGGACAAAGGCUGCUCGACAGUCUUUAUUUCGUGCUUAUGAUGAAAACAACAUAUUGCAUCAUAGAAAUGUAGUACCCUUCACUCCUACAGCAGAUGACCACAACACCAAAAUCACAUGUGUGGCAAACUAUAGCCACAGUGUUUUUGAGACAACUGUCACCUUAAAAGUGAAAUUUUCUCCUAAAAUCCAACAAACGUCUCAGUGCACGGUUGAAGGAAAGCUCGUGGUCUGUGUGUGCAUCAGUCGGGGGAAUCCCCUGCCACCGAUCACCUGGCCUUCUCUCACAGACUUCUCAGUCACCAGCUCGAGCAGCAUCCAGACAGUAAACAGCACCAUCACCAUGUCUGCUGCUGACUACCAAAACACCAGUGUCAAAUGCAUCAGCAGCAACAAAGUGGGCCGGGCCGAGAUUGACAUUCCAAUUCAAAGCGAUGCAAAGAAAUUAAGACCCAAAAACGAGUUGGAUGCAAAUCACAAGUCUGAUGCAAACCUUCCCUGGAUAAUCACUGCUGUGUCUUUAAGUCUGAACCUGGUCCUCCUAACCAGCCUGAUCAUCUGCACUAGCAAACGUUGCAGGGGUAAAAGUCAACACGGGGAACUUUGUGAAGAAAUGAAGACUUAUGCUACUCUGAAUAAAGCAGAUGUUGGGCAAGACUAUAGUGUCAUCUCUUCACAGACCAGGAGUGCAUGCGGGGAACGUUCUGAGGUUGGCGUGAGUCACCGCCCAUUGCCGCCCAUUGCCGCCCAUUAUCCCAAACUGUGAUUGGCCAUCUACCCGGUCAGAGGCACAACUUUAGUUCAUUUUUUAUUGUAUUGUCAAUUUGAAAUGUGUCCACACAGGUUUAUUUAUUUUUACUUUUGUUGGUACUUAACAUGCAUUUUUAAUGCAUUUUCUUUUGCAUGUAGCCUACUUCUGGAGGUAAAAUCAGUUUUGACGACUUAAAGAAUAAAGUGCAGGAGCUUUAUUUUUGGUGCCACUCUUUUGUGUUGUGAUUGGUAAGUCUAUUUAUCUUUUACUGGCUAUAUACCCAGUCAAAGUGACCAUAUUUGGAUGAGGGAGUGGGGCUAUGGAAGAGCGAGGAGUGGAUGUGACCCAUAGAAUGUGGCACAGCUUCUCACUUAGAGCGAUACCGCCUUAAAUUAUGCAUAACUUUCAGCCUUAACAAAAUGUAAAUGGGUAAGUUAUAUAAAAAUGUACCAAUUCACUAACAAUUCACUUAAUGUUGAAAUUAGCUUUACAGACCAAAACUUUUUUC